GUUCUAUUGGUAGAUGAUAAUCCCUAUAUAUUAAAGGUAUUAUCUAUGAUGUUAGAAUUAGAGAAUUUAGAAAUUGAAACUGCUAAUAAUGGAACUGAGGCUUUAAAUUUAAUAGUCAACGAAACAAAAGGAAAAUUUGAUAUUAUAAUAACAGAUUUUCAAAUGCCUAUAAUGGAUGGUCAAGAGUUUGCAGAAACUCUGAAAAAAUAUGAUGAAUACAAAAAUCUCCCAGUAAUUUUAGUUACUCAAGCAAAU